GUUUAGUUUUUUAAAUUUUUUAGUUUUAGUUUUGAAGUAGAUCAAAACUUGAGAGAACCAUAAUAAAAUAUUUUGCUGCCUCAAGUGUCUUCUUCUUAGUCAGCUUGCUAAAAUUUAAACCAAACACAGUCAUGCUAAUUAGACUUUGAAAUGAUUAAACCUGACCAUAUUGCACGUACAUGAAGCAUCUACAAUAGUUUUUCAGCCUACAUAAAUGGAUUACAUAAUGGCAAUGGCCUUAUCACUGCUCCUCCCUUAGUUGAUAGAUGAGGUAUCAUGUGUCUAUGGCUAGGGUGGAUUGAGGAGUCAAAGGUUGUUGUCUAGUUAUGCAGAUGGCUUGAUACUGCAGGAGAGAAUCUGGGUCCUUGUUCUCUGGUUCUGCCAGCGUGCACCACAAAUCUCUGAGCUGGCCUGUUCCCGCAACAGAGAAGACCUUUGAUGAGCUUUGAUUUUUGAACAUGAACUAGACUUUAAAAACAGCCAACAUGAAGAGUAUCCUGAAGGAAACACGAUUUGAAGCACCUGAAGCUGGUUUGAGUAACUCUAUUGGAGCUGUGCGCUGGGCUCUUCCUGACGAAAGUCUUCAGGCUCACAGCUCCGUUCCUAGCAGGAGCAGUCAGAGCCCAAGACAAAAGGACUUGAAAGAUCUCCGCAGCCUGCAGGAAUGUGUGAAGUUUAUCACUCAGUGGAAACAGCAGGUGGAACAUGUCUGCAAGCCUGGUGCCAGUGCAGACGAAGGCCCAAGUAUGCAUGCAGAGCCACGUAGUCUGGAGCAAUGCCGCAAGCUCAUCCUGGAGUGGGCACAGGAGCUCAAGAAAUUUGACAAUUUAUAUAGUGAGGUCACAUGGCGUCAAGAACAAGAUGUGAUAUGGGAGCAGAAAGAGAGCAAGGCUGAUUCUGCCAAGCAUAUGGAGCAGAAGAUUAUGGAAUGGGCUAAAGAGCUACAGACUGUGUCAGAGCACUGUGGUGUGAUGAGGCAAGAAUUAGCCCAGUUUCUGAAGCAGCUGGAACUGAAGAAGAGGAAGAUCUUGACUCUGUUGCCUUUUCUGGAGUUCAUAACUUGGUCUCUACUGAAGCAGGACAGCCAGGGUGUUGUUCCACAGCUAUGGCUCCUCAGCAAACAUCGUACCUGGAAAACAGAGACACCAAAGUACAUUCCAAACUCAGUGUGGAGAUGGAUCCGCAGUGCUUCAGUGGACAUCACAUUGGACCCCAUGACUAACCACCCAUGGUUACAGCUCUCAGAUGACAAAAAGAAGGUACAGGAAGCUCUGAGUGAAACCGAAGUGUCAUUCAGUCCCCAGCGCUUUGACAGCUGGCCGUGUGUUCUGGGCUGGGAAGGGCUCACUUCCGGUCGGUACUAUUGGGAAAUUGAUAUAGCCAACAAUGGCUACUGGCGUAUCGGAGUGACCACUUCCUCCUCCAAAAGGCACGGCCGGUGUCCCAUGACCCCCUCUGAGGGCUUCUGGACAAUAUGGAGAAGCACACGGCAGUUUUAUGCAUGCACCAAGCCGGAAACCGAGCUACCUCUUUCACUUGUGCCCAGAAAGCUGGGAGUCUACCUGGACUAUGAGGAAGGACAGGUGUCUUUCUACAAUGUAGAGACACGCUCACAUAUAUUCACAUUUACUGCAAAUUUCAGAGAAAAGUUGUACCCGCUUUUUGCACCACUGGAUGGACGUACGCUUAUCACAUUGUCCUCCACAGAAGUCUAUCCAUAAACAUCCUCUUUCAUGUCUCUAUAGAUCUAUAGUCCUUGUAACAUGACAAAUGUCCUCACAGAGGGCUAAUGGGGGCAGGUGGGACUUACAUACAAACACAGCUGCCAGUCAUCAGGAUUCCAGCAGAUGAUCACAAUUGUCAGAUCUAAAGGAUGAGAUCCUGUGGAUACUGUGGAGCUGUUUUGGUUGUAAAUUUCUUAACGGAAAAUGAUGAAAUUUGGCGCACAUCCUCAAAUUGUAUAUGUACAUUUCAACAUUGUGCUCACAAGUCAGUUAGUCCUUAUGGAGCACGCUGGAAAACGAUUUGAUUAAUCAAUUCUUGUUAAUUUUUGUUAGGAUUUCCUCUGAAUGACAUUUGCCAUUUGUCAGUACAAAAAAGUGUUUCUCAGAAAAAUGUAUAUAUAAUUAAUUUAAAAAAGCCCAUUUGAUUCUAGCUCAUGAUUCUUAAACAACAAUGUAAAUAUGCUUAAUACAGCACCACUUUAGAGUGUACACUUGAGUAGUGUGUGGGUUUUGGAACCAAACAAUUAAAUUUGGGGUUUUCCAAUAUGGUUCACUGCUUGGAGUGCCAACAAUGAAUACUUUGAGAGACUCAUAAAAAUACAAUUCACCGCACACAAUAUGAAUGUCUACAAGUUCCAAACUGGCAGUCCUAACACCGUGUUAUGUAAUUGUGUUGCAUGUUUUAUUAUGAAUCUUACAUGAAUGCAAUUUCUUGUAACUCAUUUAAAAUUGUAUAAACAUCACUGUGCCAUAAUGCUCUACCCAAAAAGAAAUCAAGACACAAUCAAUGAUUUUUUAAAAAGCGUGUAUUUAAAAAAAACUUACACAGAUACAAAUAAAGGCAUGUGCAUAUAUGUAUAAAGGAAACUAUGCGUGUACAGUAACGUGAAAGGAAAAAAAAAAAAAAACAGCAUUAAAAAAAAAAAAUCUAUAGUAAGUUGGAACAGUAGAUAUUUUUAUCAAGAUUACCAGGAGGGACUCAAACAUGCCCUGAGUAUUUGCUCAUAUUUAGGCAUCCAA